GGGGUCUCGAAAUUGAGUCUCCGUAAGCUAGGUGAGGCCUCACUCAGCUCCCGUGCAAUGCAUCGCGGAAACGUGUUAGCUAGUCGUGUACAGGAGAUGAGCAGCGGUGGAGCGAAGGUAGGUUGAGGUGUUCUGAUAAGGGGUCGAGAACCGGUCGACCGCUAGGAAGGUAAGUGGAAGCAUGUAGCGAGGUAGCGAGGUGCACCACAGUAAGUGAACGGGGCUCCUCCCACAUCCCACCCUGGGUUCGACGAUAUCGACGGCCUUGGCGUCGAUGUCGAAACUCGUACCGGGUAUUAUCUUGUGCGCGCAGACCUUUCACACCUUCUCCUUCAACGCACCUGCAUCGCGAGAAACAAAAUGUCUUGGACUCAGGAAGAACAACAGGAAAUUGAAGAGGCUGCUGCCAUUCUACUGCGGAUGGCAGAUCCUUUAUGGACGAGGCCGACUGACGACAGCAACGACAACGAUCGUGUUAACCCAGAAGAGAACGUAAAGAUAGGGGGAGAGGAGGGCAACGAGGAUGAUGAAGAGGCAUCCGGUCCUAGUGCUCAGCCGUCAAGAGCCGCUCCUGUGAGUGCUCUCGCAGCAUUAUCGACCAGACACGCAACAACACAGCAGUCUCGUGCUGCGAUGACCCCGGCGCAAAGAGCCCGUUUGGGAUACAACACAUACAGGGACCUCGACAUAUCGGGUACAGCGCACGGGGUCAUGUACAUGACUACUGCAGAACGUCGCACCUACCGCCAAACGCAGAGGCGCAGAGGCGCUGCCCUCGUGCGAGCAGCCACUACCAAGGGCUCAAAGUCGAAGAGAGGCGGUGCUGGUGGCCGUAAAGACCCUCGCGGUGGUGCUGGUGACCGUAAAGACCCUCGCGGUGGUGCUGGUGGCCGCAAAGGCCCUCGCGGUGGUGCUGGAAGCGCCGCUGGACUCCUGUCAUCCAAUUGAGACAUCGUCUUACCCCCUGAAGACAUUGCAUCAACAAGCAUGUCCACGAUACUACCCCCAGCUCUCUCAACAUCCCUCUACAUGAACACAAACCCAAGACCACAAUCAUUCGCGGACACAGCAAAUCGAACUUCCGAACAACCACCCAAGCAUCAUGAGCGCCGCAGAAGGUUCCAGUGC